UGAAAAUUGAAAACCAUGUGAUCAUCUUUUGUUCUCCCACACCAGACGCGUUCAACCAUCCUACCAUGGCCCAAAUUUUCAAGUAACCAGUUAAAAAUCUAGAAAAAUUCCAAGUUUCCAACCGGUCAAAUAAAUAGAAAACCAAACACAAAACCAGCGUAAGCAUGGCUCUAGUAUUGAGGAAAGCGGUAAUGCCGAGAAAUGUCUCGCUGCUGAAAUGCAUAAAAGGGCGACAACUUGCUACUACAGCCCACAAGAAAAACGCCGCACCACUGUCGAAGGCAGUGCUAUGCCGAAGCUUGAAGGAUGAGAAAAGGGCCCUCUGCUUGGGGUACACGAAGAUCGGCAAUUCGAAGCGACUGUCACCGGUGCGCAGGCGACAAGAGCCGCGCAGGGCGCUGCCAGUGCGCCUCAGCAUCUCGUGCCCGACGAUCGUUCCAGAGACGAGGCCGAAGAUUCGCGUAGCCGUCCGGCACUUCAGCCCUCCCCGAACGAGACCCGCGAAUGCCCUCGCGUCGCCAUUUCUCGCAAACUGCGGCAACCUCUUGCAAGCGACUCAAGUCGCAGCCAUGUCCAAGCGCUCCUACUCGAAACCCUGCAACUGCGGGUGCCCCUGUCCCUUCCCCUGCGGACCCUGUGGCUGCCCUGGCGGAUGCAACUGUCUCCCCCCACCCUGCAACACCCCUCCUCGUUGCAUCCAAUACAUGACCGGCUACUACUACUAUCCUUAUGGUACUUGGUUCUGCGGACCGUACCACGUGACUGGAACCUGCUGCCCCGUCGGACCCUGUGGACCUUCGUGCGGCCCGUGUGGCCCCUGUGGCCCAUGUGGGCCUUGCAAAUGCGGGCCUUGUGGUCCUUGCUGCAUCUGUCCUGCGGCUGUCUGCCCUAUGCCCGUCAUGAGCACCCCGAGUCCUUGCGCGGCGACGGCGUCGGCGCCUCCUCCAGUCCGAUCCGGUGUAGUUCCCGGCAACCAAAUCAAAUAUCCCUUGUCACAAGAUAACACCCGGCAAACGAGCAAGUCGUCUGGCAUUGCGAGAUUCUUCCCCUUCAAUAAUGCUGCUAUGGACCCUUCUCGAGGACCAAUAGAUCCCAAACGCCACUUGCCCACCGCUACAGUCCUUUCUUCUUUCAUGUGCCCGUACAGCACCCAAGUUAGACCAGACUCUCCGUUCGACGACUUGUUCCCGCGACCCCAGGUUGACCGCCCCAAAUCGGCCAGCAACACCGCCAGUCCCAGCCAGGGUUACGCUCCCAACAAUAAGAGCUUCACUGACACUUCCAUCCAAACUAGAUUCCCUGAAUUAGACCCCAAAUACAAGAGCCCACUCCACCUUAAGGCAUCCAGGCAGUGCCCCCCUCUUGAGAAGCCCAGGACUAUCAUGACUCAGGAACAGAGAGACAGGCCUAGAUUUAAAGCUGGCGCGUUUGACUAUGCCUCCAUCCCAAACUAUAGGAACCCAUACCCGCGUCCUAACAUCAAUGCUGAGUUUAAGGCAUACGAAUCUUAAUCCCCAACUAUGACUAACUAGGUUGAGACUACAAUCCUUACUAGACCUUCCCUGAUCGUGACUUAUUAGGCGAGACUAGACACUCGGAUAACGAUGCCUAAUACUUAGCCAAAGUAACACCGACCACAUCUUGCAAUAGCUCUGUAACGAACGCGCUCAUAAGUGGAAUAAACUAUCAACCUACAAA